AUGGCCAGCCAACCACCCAAGUCAGGAAUCACCGUCGUCUUCGCACGCGCCGUCGCAAAGCCAGGCAAGGGCGACGAACUCGAGAACCUCCUCCAGCACGCCGUCGCAUCCGCAAACAGCGACAAGGAACCGUUCACGCUCGACUACCGCUGCGCCAGGCAUGGAGACGAGUUCCGCCUCUUUGAGCGGUACAACCAAGACAUUGGCGGCAUCGACGCACACAAGUCGCAACCCGCCUUCCAGAACCUCGUCAAGUCGGGAUUGGUCGCAGACAUCGAGAUCAAGUUCUACAACGAGAUCCCCAAGCUUUAG